AUGGUGUUUGCACUUAUGGAAAUUAAUUCAUCAAAUGAUCUUUUACCCAAUAUAACACUGGGCUUCAACCUCUAUGAUACCUGUUAUAACGAGGUACGAUCACUAAUGGGUGCGACAUGGAUUUUGUCAGGAAAAAAAAAAGGAGUAUCAAAUUUUAACUGUGACAAGGAUCACAUGCCAUUGGCUAUUGUUGGUGACAUGCCAUCUAAGGCCUCAGUGCCUCUAGCCAGGAUCUUGGGAUUAACCAGAUAUCCACAGAUCAGCUAUGGUUCUGGGCUGCCUUUAUUGAGUGACAAAAUACAGUUCCCAUCCUUCCUCAGGACAAUACAUAAUGUUGACUAUGAAUGGUUUGCCAUUGCUCAGUUGGUUAGGUUCUUUAACUGGACCUGGGUGGGUAUGAUAUACUCAGAUAAUGACUUUGGCAGGUCAGGUGCUCAGCUAUUUACUAGAGAAAUGGAUAUAAAUGGUGGAUGCAUUGCAUUUCAAGAGACACUUCCUUUAAUCAGAUCCACAUUGUCUAUCUACCGUAUCAUAGGUGUCAUCAAGAAAUCCAGAGCAGCACUGAUAGUUUUAUUCUGCACCAUAGAAAACCUUGCCUCUUUAAUGGAACAGGCUUCUUUUCACAAUAUCACUGACAAAGUGUGGGUGGGAACGUCCGGCUGGUCUAUUACUACUUACUUCCCCAGAACAGAAAUUUUAACAACCUUAAAUGGGAGCCUUGCAAUAGCAGUUCAAAAUGGGAAAAUUCCAGGAUUUAAGGAAUUUCUUUACAGCAUCCAUCCUUCCAUAUUUCCAGAUGAUCCUUACAUGAAGACAUUUUGGGAGAAUGCUUUUCACUGUGUUUGGCCGGGAAAUGAUGCCUACAAUAAUACAUCUCCAGCGCUGCUUAAAAAUGGCACUGUUUGGUGCACAGGAAAGGAGAGACUGGACAGUAUCAAUACCAAUAUAUAUGAGGUCUACGACUUUAAAUAUACAUACAAAGUAGUACAUAAUGCAGUCUUUGCAGUAGCUCAUUCUUUGCACCAGAUGAAGAACUGUGUUCCAGGGAAAGGGCCUUUUAAAAAUGGAUCUUGUGCUGAUAUUUAUAACCAUCAGCCUUGGCAGCUGCUUCAUUACAUCAGAAAUAUCGACUUCAACAACACGGCAGGAAAAAGAAUAUAUUUUGAUGAGAACGGGGAAGCUCCUAUGUUUUUGGACAUUUUGAACUGGCAGCUGUUCCCUAAUGGAAGUAAUCAAUAUGUCUAUAUAGGCAGUUAUGAUGCCGGCUUGAAAGGCAAGGAACUCAGUAUUCAACUAAACAAGAUAUUAUGGAAUGGAGGACAUGGCCAAGUCCCUGUCUCAGUUUGCAGUGAUCCAUGUCCCAAAGGCUACAGAAGAGCUGCACUUCAAGGACAGAAGAUCUGCUGCUUUGAUUGUCUGCCAUGCUCUGAAGGAGAGAUUCUCAAUCCAUUUGAUGACAGUGAAUGCCUCAAGUGCCCAGAAGACAAAUGGCCUGAUAGCAGAAAAGAAGACUGUCUUCCAAAGCUCAUUCAGUUCCUUUCUUAUGAUGAGGCACUGGGUUCCUCUUUAGCUUGUAUUUCAAUCGUAUUUUGUCUUCUUACAUUUUCAGUGUUCUGCCUGUUUAUAAUCAAAAGAAAGACUCCCAUAGUAAAGGCAAAUAACAGAGAGCUCAGUUACCUACUUCUACUGUCCCUCAAGUUUGACUUCCUGUGUCCCUUGGUAUUCAUUGGCAGACCCAACAAUUUAAUAUGCAUGAUACGCCAGGUCCUGUUUGCUGUCUUUUUUUCACUUUGCAUUUCUGUCAUACUAGCAAAAACGAUCACUGUUGUUAUGAUAUUUAGUGCUACAAAUCCAGAUAGUAAUCUUAAGACAUUGGUAGGAUUCAGAAUUCCUGUGUAUAUUGUCCCUGUGUGCACAAUGAUUCAGAUAAUUCUGUGCAUUAUUUGGUUGACCAGGGCAGCUCCAUUUGCAGAUUUUAAUAUGGCAGCAGAAAUUGGAAUCAUAGUGAUUGAGUGCAAUGGAGGAUCCAGGGUGUUAUUUGCUUGUGUGUUGGGGUACAUGGGUCUGUUAGCUACUAUUAGUCUAUCAGUUGCCUUUCUGGCUAGGAAACUCCCUGAUACAUUUAAUGAGACCAAAUUCAUUACAUUCAGUAUGUUGGUAUUUGCCAGUGUUUGGGUGACAUUUAUACCCGCUUACCUAAGUACCAAGGGGAAACAGACAGUGGCAGUAGAAAUAUUUGCAAUUCUGUCUUCAAGUGCUGGACUUCUUGUUUGCAUAUUUUUCCCAAAAUGUUAUAUAAUAUUACUGCACCCAGAAAUGAACAGCAGAGAAUAUAUCACAAGAAAAAAAUGCUAA